UACAAUAAAAGAGCUACGCCCUCGGUAUACAACUAAAUCACUGCGAUACUAGGUGAUAUGACAAUUAUUUCCAAACACUUGAAUGCCGACGCCUCGCCGCGAGUCCGCGGCAAGAGCCGACACACGCCCUGCAUUUAACAGACCACCUGGCGCACGAGCCGCUCCUCAACCAACCCCAGAUGAAGUCCCACGGACCGCAAGGAGAACCCACAAAGACAAAGCCAAGUCGUCACCUGCACCUUCCCCAUCGCAAGACAGAAAAACUCGUGUCGUUAGCGAAAAACACAGACAUGCUAGUGAUGGCAGACCCAGUCCUAGACGAGACCGAGAUCGAGAUCGAGAACGUGACAGGGCCAAGUACAGCUCCGGUUCCUCUGCUGAUAGUGGAAGCCAUCUAUUGAGUGCAGGUGCCCUUGCCAAGUUCAAUUCCUCCAAUGAAAAGGCUGAAUUUCAAGAGAAAUACGAAGCUCAGAAAAGAAAGAAGAAACAAUACAAAAACCUUAAAGCUGCUGAGGUCUCAAAUCGCAAGAAGAGAGGGAAGAAUCGUAACGUCAGUGGUGCUAUCUUGGAAGAGGGUAGAGCUGGUGAAAAGCGUGUGCAUAGAAGAGGUGGUGGCGGCGGCGGUGGAGGACGAGGCCGCUAUGAAGAUGAAGAGCCUCCUCGCGGUCGACGCGGUGGUUGGAGGUCCAACAAGAAAUUUUGGUGGCUUCUCGUCCUGAUAAUCGUCCUGCUGGCUAUAUUCAUUCCUGUUGGUGUGGUAGUCUCAAAUAACAACAGCAGGAGCGACUCCGACAACAACGAUUCGUCCUCUUCAUCAACCACUUCCUCAGGUUCAGGGUCAAGUGUCAGCAAUGAGUGUGGUUCCACGGAUGUCCCGACAAGCGCCAAAGGCACAUACACUGACAUUAGCACAUGGUUGGACACGGCUGAUUUCAACUGCACUUACACCGAAGAGACCAUAGGAGGUCUCUCAGUCAUGGGCCUAUACUCAGAGUGGGAUGACUCAGCAAGUGCCAACGAAAAUGUUCCGCCUCUCAACCAGAAGUGGGAGUACGGAAAGAUGCCCAUCCGUGGCGUCAAUGUUGGUGGAUGGUUCUCCCUUGAACCGUUCAUUACCCCUUCGUUGUUCAACUAUCCAGCCUCACAGCAUGUGGUGGAUGAAUACACUCUAACCGCGAAGCUCGGCCCAUCCGCCCGACAAGUCCUUGAACAGCAUUAUGCCACCUUCAUCAAUAAGCAGAGCUUUGUCGAUAUCAAGAAUGCCGGCUUGGAUCACGUUCGAAUCCCUUUCCCCUACUGGGCAGUUACCACUUACGAUGGCGAUCCUUAUGUUCCCCAGGUGUGUUGGAGAUAUCUCCUCCGAGCCAUCGAAUAUUGCCGUGAAAAUGGCCUUCGUGUCAAUCUUGACCUUCAUGCUGCUCCUGGAAGUCAGAAUGGUUGGGCCCACAGCGGCAGACAAGGAGACAUCGGUUGGAUUCUAGGCCCGGACGGUGCCACCAAUGCCCAGCGAACGCUCGACGUCCAUGAGCAAUUAUCAACGUUCUUCGCUCAAGAUCGCUAUAAAAAUGUCAUCACCAUCUAUGGCUUGGUCAACGAACCCAAAAUGCUCGUCAUACCAACAGAUUCUGUUUUGGAAUGGAACAAGAAAGCUAUUGAUAUUGUCCGUAAGAAUGGGAUCGAGCAGCAUAUCAUCUUCGGCGAUGGGUUUCUCAGCCUCACCUCAUGGAAAGACAGGUUUCAAGAUGUCGAUGACAAGCUCAUCAUGGACACUCAUCAAUAUCAAAUUUUCAACGUUGGGCAAUUGAAGUUGCCUCACCAAGAUAAAAUCAACCUUGCCUGUUCCGGCUGGACCGGUAUCAUGGUCACGGCGACUAACCCUACCACUGGAUGGGGCCCAACACUUGAUGGAGAGUGGUCUCAAGCCGACACUGACUGCACGCUUAAUCUCAAUGAUGUUGGACAAGGCUCUCGUUGGGCCGGCACUCUGAACACCGGCGACCCCGAGACUUCAGUCCUGACUCCAACCUGUGCCAGUCCCCCUUGUUCUUGUGCAAUGGCAAAUGCGUCUCCAGACCAAUACUCCGACGAUUACAAGGAGUUUCUGAUGAUGUAUGCAGAGGCACAGAUGCAUAGUUUCGAACAGGCUUGGGGGUGGUUUUACUGGACCUGGAAGACAGAGAGUGCAGUCCAAUGGAGCUGGAUGUUGGGCAGAAACGCUGGCAUUUUGCCUGACAAGGCCUACUCACCGAGCUUCAAGUGUGACAGUGCAGUCCCUGAUUUCAGCGGCCUGGGCGACAGCUAUUGACGACAGGCCAGAUGGAUUGAAGAGUUAAGUCAAUCACGCAUGCUGAAUGGACAUGAGUAUUGGAAUUGAUGUUGUAAUGAUACCAUAGUGUAGAGCAUGGAUACGGGUACAUAUAUAUUUGCAAGUACAUUCAAGGGUCUGGUGGUAUCACAAUGCAUGUGUACA